AGCCCCGCAGACCGGAGCGUUAAAAUGCUGGUUGUCUACCAUUCAAUCGUUGUUGUCAGCUUAAUUAGCGUUAUCACCGCCUCCGACCAAUAUCUACAAAAUGCCGAUUUACCUACUUUAUUCCACGAAAUCAGCACAACCAGGCAGGAGUGUUUUGCUGAAUGUACUAAAUUAAAACCGGCUGGACCUCACGGCUUUGAAUGUCUCCAGGCUAAAUAUGAGUCUGCGCGAAGUGUGUGUGUCCUUUUCUUAGAUAAAAAUGAGUGCGUGAACGGCACCAACCAGUGCCAAGAAACGUGUGUCAACACCGUCGGAAGCUACAGAUGCAUGGGCAGCAGCGGUCUGUUACUGGAUCCAGAUAGGAUUCCCUCAACUUUCGGUGGUGGAACAUUCACAAACCUUGGCACUACGGGAAGGGACGGACCUACUUCGGUGGGCUCUCAUUAUGACGGUACAGGCCUACAGGGGCUGGUGACAGUGACCAACGGGACCCAGUACAUAACCAUACCGUCCAAUGGUACUUACAGAAUAGAGGCUGCAGGUGCUGCUGGUGGAUGUGACAGCAGUGGGUGCACAUAUCGAAGCUACGGCGCGUAUGUGGUUGGAGACUUUACGCUUUAUGCAGGUGACCAGCUAAAGAUUCUAGUAGGACAAAUGGGCGGUGAGAAUUCUCAUUCCUCCUCAGGCGGUGGUGGCGGCACAUUCCUGACGUACGCCGAUAACACGCCUAUCAUCAUAGCUGGUGGCGGGGGAGGUAUUGAAGGGGCUACUAAGCGGCGAGCAGCGUGUGGCGGCACUACAAAUACUACUGGGAACAGCGGUUACAGUAGCAGUACGAUUUGGCCUGGUGGUUCAAACGGAGAGGGAGCUUCAACUGCAGACACCGGCAAUUCUGGUGGCGGCGGCGGUGGCCUGCUGACCAACGGGCGCAGUAGCACUGAGUUUGGUGGAUCCUAUGGUACGGGCGGUGAAGGUGGAUUUGCUUUUGUUAACGGAGGUACUGGUGGCAGGCCGAAAUCAUAUCUAGGCUGGGGAGGGUUCGGUGGUGGGGCGGGGGCGUAUGGUUUUGGCGGAGGGGCGGGGGGCGGAGGCGGUUACUCGGGUGGAGCUAGCGGAGAUAAUUCCGUAAAUUCGUGCGGUGGAGGAGGGGGCUCGUACAACGCCGGAGACAACGCCUCCGGUCAAGACGAUUACAACAACGGCCACGGAUAUUUGAUUAUUACAAGAAUAUAA